CUUUAUGGGGUUCCUCUUGGUUUCAUUUACAGCAAACCAAACUUUUGACAUCCAGUUGUGAGUGUGUGCAUCUGUGCUGUCAUGGUUUACAUCAGCGUGUUUACCCAGAAACCUAAUUAGUGUCUUCAGGCAGCAUUAGAGAUGACGGGGAUCCAGUACCUGGCUUGUCUGUGGACCCUGUUCAUCACGCAGACUGGAUGUGUACGCAGUGACAUCCAGUUCUUGGAGAGGCGUGAGGGCGACUCUGUAGUUCUUCCCUGUGUGGUUGAGCGGAGAAACCUGUCGCCCUUCGGCGUCUAUCUGAUGCGCAGCUGGCUGCAACCCGGUGAUGUGCUGUUCAUGCACACCAAGAGCGAGUUCACUGUGGAUAACGAUGCCGACAAAAAUCGCAUCAGCGUCAGUGGAGACCCUGCCAGCCACUCUCUGAAUGUGACCAUCUCCCAGCUGAGGGCCAGUGACACGGACCGCUACUGCUGUGACUUCGUUGUGGAAAACCCUUCCUCUGAAGACGACCGGCUGCGUGGAAAGACUGAAUUCUUCCUCCUUGUUAGUGCCGAUGCCCCUGGGUCGGUGAACACAGGGUUGGUAGAGACGUGUGCUGGGGGCUCGGCCGUGCUCCCCUGUCUCCCCCCGCAUGGCGCUGGCUUUGCCGUGGAGGGGGUGAGUCUGAAGCGGCAGAGGGGCCGGGCACCUGUGGAGGUGUUGUACCACUCAAAGCGUCACCACGGCAGCAGCCCUCCGUCCUCCUCCUCCUCCUCCUCCCAGUUCCCUGCUGAGAAGGUCCAGCUGUCCUCGGCGCCCGGCCCCGGCGGCAUCACCUACAACCUCACCCUGCAGCAGCUGCAGCCAGAGGACAGCGCCCUGUACAGCUGCCAUCUGCUCCAGCGCGACAGGCCCGACAGCACCACCAGUCUAGGGAGACAAGUGUUCUUUGUUUCUGUGCAAGGAGGUCAGUGUGGCUGCUCCAGCUACUCUCCUCUGCUGUAUGCUUUGUCCUCAGCUGUGGCCGUUCUCCUCCUCCUUCUCCUCCUCGGAAUUGUGGUGAUUUAUCAAGGCAAAGCGCACCGCAGUGUGAAGUCACACCCUCAGGCCCCCAUCUACGAGGAGAUGACCGGGGUGCAGCCUGUCAGACAAAAACUGGCCCCUUGCCAUCUGGAGGAAAUGGAGUGUUCAGAGUACAGAAACUGCCUUGUGAAGAAAUCCUGUCCUGAAAACCACUACGAAAGCCCCAGGAGUGAGUCUCUGAAAUGAAAUAUAAGGACUUCUCACCAGCAUCAUGAACUAGACCAACUUAUCAACUCAGCUGCCUUAAACUCAGUGGACUCCAAAUAGCACUCUGACAUUUCUUCAACAGAUUUUAACAGCUAAGAUUCUCCUCAUCCAGUUUAAAAAAAAAAAAAUCAUGUAUAUUGGCUGCCAAUGGGGACGGUGACAUCUUCCAUCACAUUUACAUCACAGUGAUGAAAUAUACUGAUGUAAUACAUUUUCUGGAAUUAAGAAUAAAAGGUCCCCUGUGGAGUUUUUUUGUAAA